AUGUCGGACACGGAUUCGAAAGAGAAAGGGUUCGACGCUGCCGAAUACCUCGAAGCACAGCCAACCGUUGCUGUGCGCACACAAAUUGCCUGGGACGAUGAUGCGGAACAACAGCGUGGUCGUCGAUUCUCCCAAUCCAGCCGGCCGGACCUUGCUCGCUCGACGAGUCGCGAUUCGAUAAGCAGCGUGCGUAGUCGCACUCGCAAUGCGAACGCCGGAAUCCCCAUCGAAUUCCGCACGCUCUCCUUCAACGUCUCCCAAUCGCGCUCGCAGGCCCGCGGCGAUUAUGAUUAUCCCACCAAGAAACCGGUCGCCGGCAAAGACAACCGGGUCGAAACGUUCUCCAAGGCCGACGAGCACGUCGUCGCCAUCGAUCAACUCUACCAACGACUGCGAGUGUCCCCGACGCAGGGCUUGAGCAAAGAGGGAGCGGCGAAAAGACUGCGCGACGAUGGCCCCAACGUGUUGCCUCAGCGUCGCAAGAACUACAUCAAGACCCUGCUGCGAUAUGUCUUUGGCGGCUUCUGCUCCAUCCUGUGGGUCGGCGUGAUCAUCUUCUUCAUCUGCUGGAGGCCCUUGGGUGAUCCCGAUCCCGCUCCCUACAAUCUCGGUCUCGCCGUCCUCGUCAUCAUCGUCAUCGUCCUCCAGGCCUGUUUCUCUGCGUUCCAGGAUUGGUCGACGGCCAAGACCAUGAACUCCAUCCUCGACAUGCUCCCAUCUGAUGCACACGUGCUGCGCGACGGCGAGUGGACGACCGUCCGCACCCACGACGUCGUCUGCGGCGACAUCGUACGCAUCAAGAUUGGAGACAAGGUGCCCGCCGAUCUCCGCCUCGUCGAGACUUCUGGUGAUAUCCGUUUCGACCGCUCCGCCAUGACUGGCGAGUCGGAAGAGGUCGAGGGCUCGAUCGAGACCACCGACGACACCUUCUUGGAGAGCCGAAACAUCGCACUGAUGGGCACCAUCGUCACCAACGGUAGCGGAAUGGGCGUCGUUGUGCUCACUGGAGCUCGCAGUGUCAUGGGUGGAAUCGCCAAAGCGACGGCGUCGGUCAAAGACAAGCCGACUUCCAUCCAGCAGGAAAUCACGCGCUUUGUGAUCAUCAUCGUUGGCUUGACCGCUUGCCUUGCCGCUCUGAUCCUCUUCACCUGGCUCGGCUGGGUGCGCAAGUCAUACCCGGGCUACAUGAAUGUCGUCGACAUGCUGGACGAUGUGAUGGGCUGUGUCGUCGCUUUCAUUCCCGAGGGCAUGCCCGUCGCAGUCGCCUUGACUCUCAUGAUGAUUGCCCGACGCAUGAAGGCUGCCGACGUUCUGCCUAAGAGCCUGGGCACGGUCGAGAUGUUGGGAUGCGUCAACGUCAUCUGCUCCGACAAGACGGGUACCUUGACCGAGAACAAGAUGACGGUCACAUCCGUCGGAUUCUUGGACGAGUCGAUCAGCGCGGCCGAGGCCACGACUCGGAUCCAGGACGGCAACAAGGUCGACGCCCUCACGAAACUGCAUCGUGCAGCACGUCUCUGUGUCGAUGCCUCCUUCGAUCCUCUGAGCAUGGACCUGCCAAUCCCCGAACGUUUGACGCAAGGCAACGCCACUGAUGGCGCGGUACUGCGAUUUUCCGAAGCGGCCAUCCCGAACUCGGGUGUGCAGGAGACUUAUCGACAAGUCGCCCAGCUUCCAUUCAACUCCAAGAACAAAUACAUGCUGACCCUUCACGAUGAUGACGACGGAAACGACGAGAAACAACAAGAAAAGAAGACAUUCCUGGCCUUGGUCAAGGGUGCACCGGAUGUGCUCUUGCCAAAGUGUUCGUCGUACUUCUCCUACCACCAAAACAAAGUCCUCCCACUUGACCAAGAGGCACGUGGAAUGCUGUCUGCGGUCCAGACAAAGCUUUCGUCCAACGCUGAACGAGUCAUUCUCUUGACGGAGCGCCGAUACGCACCACAGGCCGCCCUGGGAACGAACGAUCUGACCCGCGAGCUGGGCGAGAACUGCUUCUCCGACCUCACGAUCAUUGGAGUGCUGGGCAUCUUUGAUCCGCCUCGUCCGGAAUCCGCUGCCACGGUGGCGACCUGCCGGAGGGCCGGCAUUCGAUUCUACAUGAUGACCGGAGACUACGGAUUGACUGGCGCUGCCAUCGCUCGACAGAUCGGAAUCUUCACUGGCGAGCGCGCCCCAGAUACUUUUGCAACACUUCAAGAACGACGUUCGCCGGCCACCUCGCCGACCAAGGAUAUCGAGCCUGAUUUCUCGUAUCACUCUCUGCUGUUGGAGGGUGCGCAGAUCGGCAUGCUGAUCGACGAGGACUGGGACAUUGUGUGCGAGUACGAAGAGAUUGUGUUUGGCCGGUGUUCGCCGGAGCACAAGAUGCGCAUCAUCCAGGAAUUGCAGAAGCGAGGGAAAGCGACGGCGGUCACUGGUGACGGUGUCAACGACGCGCCCGCCCUCAAAGCUGCGGACGUUGGUAUCGCUCUCGCGAGUGGCAGCGAUGUUGCCCUCGAAGCGGCAGACCUCGUUCUACUGGGCAAGUUCGACUCCAUCAUCGAGGGUAUCCGCUUGGGCCGCCUGGUGUUCCAGAACUUGCAAAAGGUCAUCAGCUACCUCUUGCCUGCCGGCUCGUGGUCCGAAAUCUGGCCGGUGAUUAUGAACGUCUUUGUCGGCGUUCCCCUUCCGCUCUCUUCGUACCUGAUGAUCAUCAUUUGUGUGUUUACCGAUCUGUUCAUGUCCAUGGCCUUGAUCAUGGAAAAGGAGGAAUUCGACCUGAUGAGCCUGCCGCCGCGCAACCACCGCAAAGACCAUCUGAUCAAUCUGAAGAUCUACGCGCAAUCCUACCUCUUCAUCGGCGUGAUGGAGACGAUUUGUGCGCACGCCAUGUUCUUCCUCUACUACUGGCGCCAUGCGGGCAUUCCGGCGUCCGCGCUGUUCCUCGCUUUCAACAAGUACUCUGCCGGGUUCUACGGCUACACGGAAGCAGAGCUGGAGCACUUCAACAUUGUCGGACAAAGCGUGUACUUCAUCACGCUCGUGAUCCUGCAGUGGGGCAACGUGCUGUCCAUCCGCAACAAGCGCCUGUCGAUUAUCCAGGCGGAUCCGAUCCGCAAGGGGCGUCGCAACCCGUGGUUGGUGCCGGCAGCGCUGGUGGCUCUGGUGAUUGCCAUCUUCGUGACGGAGGAGCCGGGCUUGAAGAAGCUCUUUGGCACGGGCAGCGCGCCGUUGGAGUUCUACUUUAUUCCCAUUCCCUUGGCGUUGGGCAUUUUGGUGAUGGAUGAGUUGCGCAAGGUGCUGGUGCGGUGUUGGCCGAGCGGGCCGAUUGCCAGGAUUGCGUGGUGAGGAGUGUUUUUGUUAGUGGAUCGUACAUGUAGAAUUGCCUACAUAUGAUUGCAAACGUCUGUACGAGCAGAUGAUCUUGGCCUUCUCACCUCUGCUUGUCAACAGCGCAUCUGCACGGAGUGAGAGCAGACCCGCCAGCAGCCUCAGGCAUGACAGGCACCAAUUCGGCAGUAAGGCAGACACAAAUAGAAAGAUGCUUGCCAAGAAGGUGACCAAAGGAAACCAGUGAGCCUGCGCGGCGAUUG